AUGUCAACAACUGCAACUAGCACAAAUGAAUUGGCCCUUUUGGAUAAGUCAGUAGUAGUUUCUCCGUUGGUUUUACUAUCUGUGGUGGACCAUUAUAAUAGAGUUGCCAAAGAUUCUAAGAAGAGAGUUGUUGGGGUAAUAUUAGGAGAUAACUCUACUGACACAAUCAAAGUUACAAACUCGUACGCAAUUCCUUUUGAAGAAGACGAGAAGAACCCUGGAGUAUGGUUUUUGGACCACAAUUUUAUAGAUUCAAUGGGAGAAAUGUUUAAAAAAAUUAAUGCCAAAGAGAAAUUGAUUGGCUGGUACCAUUCAGGACCUAAAUUGAAACCAUCAGAUUUGAAAAUUAAUGAGGUUUUCAGAAGAUACACCGACAACCCAUUGUUGUUAAUUGUUGACGUUCAACCAAGAGAAGUUGGUAUUCCAACAGAUGCAUAUUUUGCCGUUGAUGAUAUUAAAAACGAUGGCUCUGCUGCUGAAAAGACAUUUAUUCAUGUCCCUUCCUUGAUUGAAGCAGAAGAAGCUGAAGAAAUUGGAGUUGAACAUUUGUUAAGAGACAUCAGAGACCAAGCUGCUGGUAACUUGUCCUUAAGAGUUUCUGAAACACAUCAAUCAUUAUUGGGUUUACAUCAGAAGCUUGGAGAAAUUGCAAAUUAUUUGGAUAAGGUUUACCAAAAGAAAUUACCUAUGAAUCAUACUAUUUUGGGGAAAUUACAGAAUGUUUUUAAUUUGUUGCCAAACUUGAUGCAACAACUGGGGAGUGAUCUCGAUGGUGGUUCAGACUCGUCUCAUGCAUUAGCCACUGCAUUUACUGUCAAGACAAAUGACGAAUUGAUGAUCAUAUACAUUAGUACAUUAGUUCGAGCUAUUAUUGCAUUCCAUGAUUUGAUCGAAAACAAGUUAGAAAAUAAAAAGUUGAACGAAAAUAAAGCACAAGCUUCCGUGGCUGAACUGUCAUUAAAUAGCGAAAAGAAAGAUUCUAUAGAAGAUUAA